AUGGAUAGCGUAGUGCAACGACGGAGACAAUCUCGAAAAUACGAUAUCCUCGUACUAGGAGCCACCGGUUACACCGGGCAACUGACCGCCGAGCACAUCGUUCGGCAUCUCCCCGUUGAUCUAAAAUGGGCCAUCGCCGGCCGGUCAAAAUCCAAACUAGAAGACCUCGCUAGUAAGCUAAGAGACCUGGACCCGGAACGCCUACAACCAGAAAUAGAGGUGGUCAAAUUUGAUGAUCCCCAUCAACUCGGUUCCGUUGUCAAGAAUAGUAAAGUCUGCAUUAGCAUAGUCUUGUAUUGGCAGGCUGGAGAAGUCGUUUUAAAAUCCUGUAUCGGGAAUGGUACAUAUUAUAUUGACGUACUUGGAGAUAUUCCGUUGCUGCGUAAAUUGGUCGACCAAUAUCACGAGGUGGCUCUCAAUGCUCGGAUUGCAUUAAUUCAUCUCUGUGGAGUUUUCGCUGGACCACAAGAUCUUCUCUCUUGGGCCGCGGCUCGGGAGCUAGCGCAGAAGUCGUCUCAAAAAACAAAGGAGGUGGUUUUUUCAAUAACAGAAUUUGAGGCCGGUGCAAGGGGUGGUACGGUUAGUUCAAUGCUAGCUGAGAACCUUUACGGCGCUCAAGCUAUCAAGGAAUCGAGAGAACCGUGGGUGUUAUCGCCUAUCAAGAGGUCACAGACGUCUGCAUCCACCAAUUUUCUCGGUUUGCGCAAAGACCCAAAUCUCGGAUUGCUGUCAGCAUCAUCAUUCACCGCAGAAGAGGACCGGGCAUUGGUACAUAGGACUUGGGCUCUGUUACAAGAUACGGACCAAGGGUAUGGACCAAACUUUGAAUACAACGAGUACAUCAAAGUUUCGUCUGUGACAGAUGGAAUAAUUCGCUUGCUAACCCUCGUCCUGCUGAGGGGUGCCCUAAAUUUCGGACCGUCAAGACGUCUUUUGGGAUUGGUCCUCCCGAAACCUGGCGAGGGCCCCGAUAUUGAAAAAGAGCGCGUAUCCCGGAUAAAAUUCGAAGCUAUAGCGGUCGCAGAUACCGAUAGCAACAAUGCACCUCGUGCAUAUGCGAGCUUCUCUUAUCCUUCAGGCGGGUACCAUACUACUGCCCUUUUCCUAGCCCAAGGAGCUGCAUCUUUGCUCUACGCCAGGAAUUUAGCAAACCAACUUCCUGGAGGUUGUCUUACCCCGGCUUUCCUUGGUGAUGAUUUUUGGAAGACUUGA